GUGAGAGCGUUUCCCGCGAAACGCCCAGCGUGCCGGUGAUCGUAGGCCUCAUAGUCGGCUGUAAAACAGCUACUCAGUGCUUCUAGUUCAACCGCGUGCUCCAGUGUCCUAGGUUCCUAGAUGAGCCAGAUUCAAACGAGUGUGGAAUUUUCAGUUGAACUGCAAAGAUUCAUCAAUGUUGACCUUUUCCAAAGAGGAUUGUACCAGGUUCGAUCGACCUUGCGAAAUUCACCCCGGCUGCCAUCGAAAGUCGAAGUUCUUGUUGAUAAAUCUAGUUCCAGUAACCGAUCGACUGUCAAUCAGUUAUUGCUCAACUCUUAUGUCAUCAAUGAACAGACGGCCGUGUCGAAGACUUUCCAGAUCCUGUAUCGGAAUGAAGAGAUCAUACUCGACGACGUCAUCACCUUCCGAGUUCACUCGCUCGUCGAUGGACAUCGGGUGAAGGAACACCUCACCAAGGGUGAUUUCCAGAUACUCGUGGAGCUCUGGCACACCGAUCAAAACUUUGGCGAUUUGAGCCUUCACAAACGUUUUCACUGCGUAUCCAGUCGGCACCUUAUUUUGCAUUUCGACGCGUUCCGUGGACUCCACCAUCACAUACCUGUGGUAUUCGACUAUUUUCAUUUGUCGGGUAUAACGCUGACCGUCCACGGCUCUUUGGUAACCUUGUGUCAACCGAUCCAGGGAUGUGGCAUAGGCCAAUGGUUCGGUUCGAGUCCGCGAUCGCGGAAGCUGCAAGCGACUGCGAUGCCUUCGCAAGCGGGGAUUACGAUGGAGAGCGUUUAUUUCCCUCAGCAGAGCGCAAUGAAGAAGGCCGUGCGCCAACAGAGGGCCUGCCUCGUUCAUUGGGACAUUUGUUUACUGAUGCUGAGCGCUUGUGGAUCUCUCGAACGCCGACUUCUGGAGUAUCUGAAACUGCUCUCGCCGUGGCAGCAGUUGCAGCUCGAACAGCUAGAGGCUCUGAAGCUCAAUGCCAACCUGAGGGAGUCAUUGUCUGAAAUGGCAAGACUCUGCAUUGACUACCUGAAGGUUGCAAAACUUCAGCCGCCACCUUGGGAUAAAAUCUUCAACGUGGCCAAGAACACCGACUGUGAUGACGACUUUCUGAUGAUGGCCAAUAGCGACAUCGCCCAGUUAUGCGGCGCUCUCAUCGUGUUAUGGCAGCAGUUCCUCCAAGUGGCGCUGCGUCAGGAGAAGAUCAAGCAAUUUUUGGCUAGGCAGCGGCAUUCGCAGCGCGUCAAGCGUUUCGGGGAAGGCUACUUCAUAAUUGAAAAACCCCGUUCCGCCAUAACGGCCGUCUGUGAUUCGGGCAAUUUCUUGUUCAACGAGGUGACCGAAAGCUUGCGGAAGUCGACGUACUUGAACACAAUACCCCCCCUGAGUAUCGAGUGUCCUGAGACCGACGGUAAUAACGACACGCUCCCGAUCAUCUACGAGGAGCACUACCAGGAAUUCAAGGCGACUCGUUUGUCGUGCACCUUUCUCGUGAGUCCUUGUGCAACCUCCUCCGCCGAAGCCGCUGUCGACGCCGGCAAAAAUUCCUCAGCGAGAUUCCUAGCGUCGCAAGCAUCCUCUCUGGCGCGCUCGGUUCUUGACUCCGAAAUUACAGUGCGUCAGUUGCUCAUGCAACUCAAUCAACACACCAACAGUAAGAAUCGAUUGAAAUCGCGUUUCUUCAGACAAUUGAAGAAAGGCUCGCGCUCGAGAUCAUCGUCAAGCGAUGCUAUAAACAACAGCGAAUCGAUGCCGGACCUUGGACACUUCAGCACUGGAUCGAAGCUGAACAUGGGGGAACUAGACCUUGCUUCCCUGAAUCUCAACGAGCUGCAAGAUAACUCGACAUCGUCAGCCGAAAGCUCCGCAAAUAAUUCACUUCGAGAAGAUGCGAAGAAGAAAAGAAAGAAGAUCAAACACCGGAGAUCCAUAUCGAGCUCGCUCGUGUUCGCCAAACUCCUUCAGAACCAGAACAGAAAAGACUCAUUCGACGAUGUAUUCAUUCAAGCGCCCUCGAACGUUUCCACGAGUACGUUAGGCAGUGCGAAGACGAGUUCUGGUUACGGUGGUUCUUGCACGCCUCCUGGGACACCUCUACCGCCGGAGGGUUUUCGUGACUCGCGUUCGCCGCUCUGCCAUUCGGAUCCGCAUAGCCAGCGCGGUUCUCACAGCGGGAGUCCACCUGACGAGAGCGCAAGCGCCUGUAGUACCACCAGAGAGGAGACAUCACCUUCUGAGAAUUCCAAGUCACCUACCAUCCCACCGAGCGGUCUCGAUCCCCCUGCAACUGCACCAAAAGCGACUGUCGACGAGGACGACGCCAAGGUCGGUAUGGCGACAGGAAGAGGAGCAGCCGAGGAACCAGGCUUGGAAGAACAAAAGGAGGAAGGUCAAGAACAUAAAGGGAACGCAAUCGUUGACGUCGAGGGGACCAAUGCCGGAGAGAAAUCAGCUCCCAAGACAGAGGAGUCAAUGAGUAGCGCGCCGUCAACAGCGCAUCCGGAAGGAAUUGUGGAGAAAUCAGAAAGCAAGAUCGAGCGGCAGGGGGAGGCCGGAGCCUGUAGCACAACUCCGACGAAUACGAACAGUUCGACAAAUCGCACGAGCAGCGUUGAGAGGUGUUCCCUGGAAGUCGAGGGAACGAUGUUCUUCCCCAAGCCGCCGAAAGAGUUCGCGGAGUCCAACUCGGAGAGGAAAGUGGAAACCUCGAAACGCGCAGAUACGAGCUGCGAAAAAGGCACGGAAGAGUCAGAAGCGACGCCAAGCCCCUCGACGCUACAAUGCGCUUCCAGGGCCAAUUCUAAAGAUCCGCAAGAAGAUGAGUCAUACCUGAACGCCAAGUGCACCAUAAUGGAAAUGCUCACGGACCUCGAAGCCAAGUCCGCCGCAGCGAGUGCGUGCGCUGGAGCUUCGCUUCAAAGCGGCCUUUUGUGCGAUUUGGAUGAGAGCGAAGAGGACGGAGUUGCCUUCAGGAGAGCUUCAGCUAUUAAUUCGGAUCUUCUCGACUUUGUACAGGCGAAAGAGGAUUUCAGACAACAACUCAAUCUGCCUUCGUGGUUGUGGUGCAGCGAUUUUCCGAAUCUUGCGUCAAACAUUCCCUACUUCUCUUGUGAUUCUGACCUGAAAGCCUUCAGUCCGGAUGGUCUACAUCUGGUAAUAUGCGUUCACGGCCUCGAUGGCCACAGCGCCGACUUGCGCCUCGUGAGAACCUAUUUGGAGCUGGGACUUCCCACUGUGAAUUUCGAGUUCCUUAUGAGCGAGCGAAAUCAAGGUGAAACUUUCGAAAAUUUUGAAACACUCACCGAUCGGCUGGUUGCCGAGAUCGUCUAUCACAUCGAGGUUUACGCGUUGAAACCGAACAAAAUCAGCUUCAUCGGGCACUCUCUGGGCAAUAUCAUUAUACGGUCGGCGCUGCACAGGCCUCAACUCAAACCGUAUCUGAAGAAGCUCCAUACAUUCCUUUCUCUCUCUGGACCUCAUUUGGGGACGCUGUUCAACAGCAGCGGCCUCGUUAACAUGGGCAUGUGGUUCAUGCAAAAGUGGAAGAAAUCUGGAUCACUACUCCAGUUGGCGAUGAAAGACGCACAGGACAUCCGGCAGACUUUCCUCUAUAAACUUGCGCAAAUGGGCGGUCUCGAGCACUUCAACCACAUUCUGCUGUUUGGUUCGUCGCAAGAUCGCUACGUGCCCAUUCAUUCCGCGCGUAUAGAGCUCUGCAAGGCCGCUAUGAAGGACUCCACAAACGUUGGUGCGGCGUAUCGAGAAAUGGUUCAAAACCUGCUAAGUCCGGUGAUGUCGCGGUCCGGGAAGAGCUGCCAGUUUGUGCGCUUCGACGUGCAUCAUGCGCUGCCGACAACCACUGCAAACUCGCUGAUCGGACGCGCAGCCCACAUCGCAGUUCUCGACUCGGAGCUCUUCAUUGAAAAGUUCAUGGUUGUCACUGGCCUCAAGUAUUUCUCUUGAGCAUAUUUCAUUCGCUUGUAUUUGUGUCAUACAUAGGAAGCUUCGAAUCAAAUGACGUACAGGAGCUACAUUUUCGGAGCACUUUUCCUAGUCUGAUCUCACUCUUUGAAUUCGAAACCAUCUUUGACCAUCAAUGACGACGGAAACCGCCCGAGGAGUACUCACU